GUUGUUUCAAAUAUGAAAAUCAAUAUGUAACAUAACGCAACAUACAGAACAUACAAAAUAGUUGAACAGAAAACCGUUUAUUUUAUCACAGCAUAGGCGGUUUUCGCUUUGCUGGUUAUGUUAAAAAUGUUACGCAACGCGAAAAAGUUUAAAGCCGAUUUUGCUGAAGCCAACGUCAUUGAUAAUUCAUAUUACAUAAGGAAGUGAAGUGAUGAUAUUACUGAAAAUUGCUCUCUUUUCCCUUUUUCAAUAAUUUGUUUAUAGCUUCUACAAAGAAUAUGCCUCGUAGGCACCAUUUUACAAAACAUUAUGUUGAGACGGGCUCACAUACAAAACCUUGCUAACAUUACAGUUGCCACGCAAUCGAUGCUCGUAAGUAUCAAAGUUAAGCUGUCACGCAACGCGGCGUCGAAAUCCUAUCUGUCAUCGGCUUUGCUGUUACAAGAUUAAAUACCAAUGAGAACUGCUUAAAAUGUUACGUAAUUUGUUGCGCAAUUUACGCUAGAUUUGUGAAUAAUAACAAAAUUGAAGCAGGACAACUUAAAUUUUUUUAAAUUGUCUCUUUGUUCGUAUAGUGAAGUUUUUGUUUAAACGCCAUGUUAGGAUUAUAAUAUACCGAAAAAGCAACCCUGGGCUUAAGUGUGCUACCAAGGUAAAAAAUAUGAAACGAAAACACGUGUUUGGCUCCUCGCGUUUCAUUAGUUAUAUAUCAGUUUCCUUACGCUUUGGUAGUUUAUUUUUUUUUUAUAAAAUCUUCGAUUAAAACAAAUUAAAGUUCCUUUUAGUAAUCAUGGGAAAGCCAGGAUUCUCACCACGCGGAGGAGGGAGAGGACGAGGCGAUGGAGGAUUUGGGAGUCGUGGCGGUGGUGGUGGCCGAGGCGGUGGUGAUCGCGGUCGUAGCAGCUUUGGUGGUCGAGGUGGUGCAGGUGGCAGAGGUGGUGGUGGCGGCGGCGGCGGCGGCGGCUUCAGUCGUGGUGGUGGUGGUCGUGGAGCUGGUGGGCGUGGAGGUAGAGGUGGAGUAGGGCGUGGUGGACGUGGGGGUGCAUCUGGCGGUUUUAAAGGAGGAAAAACUGUCGUUAUUGAGCCUCAUCGCCAUGAGGGAGUGUUCAUAGCGCGUGGAAAGGAAGAUGCUUUGGUGACUCGAAACUUUGUACCAGGUUCCGACGUAUAUGGAGAAAAACGUAUUUCUGUAGAGACGAAUGGUGAAAAAAUUGAAUAUCGUGUUUGGAACCCUUUUCGUUCGAAAUUGGCAGCAGCAAUUUUAGGUGGUGUGGAUAAGAUCCACAUGCCUCCCGGUUCCAAAGUUCUUUAUUUGGGAGGAGCAUCAGGAACAACAGUUUCCCAUGUAUCUGAUGUUGUUGGUCCUGAAGGCCUUGUAUAUGCCGUUGAAUUUUCACAUCGCUCAGGCCGUGAUCUUAUCAAUGUAGCGAAGAAACGAACGAACAUAAUUCCUAUUAUUGAGGACGCUCGUCAUCCCCAUAAAUACCGAAUGCUUGUAGGGAUGGUAGAUACAAUAUUUGCGGAUGUGGCACAGCCGGAUCAGGGACGUAUAGUCGCGUUAAAUGCUCAACAUUUUCUUAAAAAUGGGGGACAUUUCGUUAUAUCGAUUAAAGCAUCUUGUAUUGAUUCUACUGCGCAACCGGAAGCGGUAUUUGCAGCUGAAGUUAAAAAAAUGCAAGCAGAUAAGUUAAAACCUCAAGAACAGAUUACGCUGGAACCUUACGAACGCGACCAUGCAGUUGUUGUGGGGAUAUAUAGACCACCACCUAAAAACGUCGGAUCGUAAAUGCAAUUUGUUUAAUACUUCUUUUUUAAGGACAUGAAGUAAAACAUCUAUUGCUGCGUUAAAUUCUAAGUUUAAGCUUCAAAUAACAACAUAAUUUGUUAUUUACCUACUUAAAUAUUAUUGUGCAGAAAAGGAUUUAAUUGCCUGCAGAAUAUAAAAUGCAGUCUUAGCUUUUAAGUAAUUUAAUAUGUAAGAAUACUUUUCUUAAACCUGAUAUAUUUUUAUUAAAGAAGAUAUUUAUAAAAAGAA